AACGCGCGCGCGCAUACACACAAAUUCUUUUUAAGACUGGCAAUUUCUACAUCAGAAACUAAAAGGUCUUCUCUCGCUCCUACACCACCCGCACCACCUCCCCCGCGGCUACCAAACAGCACAAAGUGGUGGACCUCAGCGACACCUUUAAUGGAGCUCGAUGCGAGUACAGUUUGAGCUAAGAUGUUGUCCUCUUGUCCUGGAAAAUUAAUAUUUAAGAAGUACGAUGAGCUUCCCCAUUACGGCGGGAUGGACGGAGUAGGGGUGCCGGCUUCCAUGUACGGAGACCCUCACGCUCCACGGCCGAUACCCCCGGUUCACCACCUGAACCACGGGCCGCCGCUCCACGCCACUCAGCACUACGGAGCCCACGCCCCGCACCCCAAUGUCAUGCCCGCCAGCAUGGGAUCCGCUGUCAAUGACGCCCUGAAGCGGGACAAGGACGCAAUCUAUGGGCACCCGUUGUUUCCUCUGUUAGCUCUGGUCUUUGAGAAGUGCGAGCUGGCGACCUGCACUCCCCGGGAACCCGGAGUGGCCGGCGGAGACGUCUGCUCCUCCGACUCCUUCAACGAGGACAUCGCAGUCUUCGCAAAACAGGUUCGCGCUGAAAAACCACUUUUUUCCUCGAAUCCAGAAUUGGACAAUUUGAUGAUACAAGCAAUUCAAGUACUAAGGUUUCAUCUUUUGGAAUUAGAAAAGGUCCAUGAGCUGUGCGAUAACUUUUGCCACCGGUACAUUAGCUGUUUGAAAGGGAAAAUGCCCAUUGACUUAGUUAUUGAUGAGAGGGACGGCAGCUCCAAAUCUGACCAUGAAGAGCUCUCAGGAUCUUCCACAAAUCUAGCUGACCAUAACCCUUCAUCUUGGAGAGACCAUGAUGAUGCAACCUCAACACACUCAGCAGGCACCCCAGGGCCCUCCAGUGGGGGCCAUGCUUCCCAGAGUGGAGACAACAGCAGUGAGCAAGGGGAUGGUUUAGACAACAGUGUAGCUUCACCUGGUACAGGUGAUGAUGAUGACCCAGACAAGGACAAAAAACGUCAGAAGAAAAGGGGCAUCUUCCCUAAAGUAGCAACAAAUAUCAUGAGAGCAUGGCUCUUCCAGCAUCUCACACAUCCAUAUCCUUCAGAGGAGCAGAAGAAACAGUUAGCCCAGGACACAGGACUUACAAUUCUACAAGUAAACAACUGGUUUAUUAAUGCCAGAAGAAGAAUAGUACAGCCUAUGAUUGACCAGUCAAAUCGAGCAGGUUUUCUUCUUGAUCCUUCAGUGAGCCAAGGAGCAGCAUAUAGUCCAGAGGGUCAACCAAUGGGAAGCUUUGUGUUGGACGGUCAACAACACAUGGGAAUCCGGCCUGCAGGUUUGCAAAGCAUGCCAGGGGACUACGUUUCUCAGGGUGGUCCUAUGGGUAUGAGUAUGGCACAGCCAAGUUACAAUCCUUCCCAGAUGACCCCACACCCUACUCAAUUAAGACAUGGACCCCCAAUGCAUUCAUAUUUGCCAAGCCACCCCCAUCACCCAGCCAUGAUGAUGCACGGAGGACCCCCUACCCACCCUGGAAUGACCAUGUCAGCACAGAGCCCCACAAUGUUAAAUUCUGUAGAUCCCAAUGUUGGUGGACAGGUUAUGGACAUUCAUGCCCAAUAGUAUAAGGGAACUCAAGGGAAAACAAACACAGAAACUAUUUUAAGACUUUUGAACUUUGACCAGAUGUUGACACUUAAUAUGAAAUUCCAGACAGCUGUGAUUAUUUUUUACUUUUGUCAUUUUUCAUCAAGCAACAGAGGACCAAUGCAACAAGAACACAAAAAUGUGAAAUCAUGGGCUCACUGAAAAAAUUCUGUCCAUGUAAAGAUCCUCUGGAAAAAGACUCCGAGAGUUAUAACUACUGUAGUAUAAACCAUAGGAACUAAGUUAAACUUGUAUAUUUCUGUUGAUCACUCCGUUAUGUUGCCUCAAAUAGUUUUAGAAGAAAAAAAAUAUAUAUCCUUGUUUUCCACACUAUGUGUGUUGUUCCCAAAAGAAUGACUGUCUUGGUUCAUCUGUGAAUUCACUAUCCAGGAAAUCUUAUGGCAUAUAUUAAACCUUUUGGGCCAUUCAGGAAAGAGCUAACCUGGAGAUGACCGAUGAAAGUUUUGCUGGACUUCAACUACUCAAGUAUCCAGCUUCAAGAAUGUGUUUCCAUGCCCAGCUUUUGUUCCUUCAUAAAUGUGUCCUUUAGUUUCAAAACAGAUCUUUAUAGUUUGUGCUUCAUAAGCCAAUCCUUAUUAUUUUUUUUUGGACUCUUCUUCAAAGAGCUUGCCGGUGAAGAUUUAAAGACAAAGCAGGAGCUUCUUCCAGUAGUUCUGAGCCUUGGCUUUGGACAAAACAAACUGAAGUUGGGCAGCUUUCCUCAACAACAAAAAAAGUUAUUAAUGGUCUUUGUACCAAACCUAGAACUUUAUCAAACUCAAAGCUUGGGGAAAAAAAAAAAGAGAGAGAGCAAGAGAAUACUGUAACAAACUUCGUACAGAGUUCAGUCUAUUAAUUGUUUCAUGUUAGAUAUUCUAUGUGUUUACCUCAAUUGAAAAAAAAAGAAUGUUUUUGCUAGUAUCAGAUCUGCUGUGGAAUUGGUAUUGUAUGUCCAUGAAUUCUUUUUCUCAGCACGUGUUCCUCACUAGAAGAAAAUGCUGUUACCUUUAAGCUUUGUCAAAUUUACAUUAAAAUACUUGUAUGAGGACUGUGACGUUAUGUUUAAAAAAAGGUGUUAAGUCACAAAUGCGGUAAUAAAUAUUUCAUUUUUGAUUUUU